UGAAGACAAAGGAGAAACCUUUAAAGCUUUUUUUUUUUCCUUCUAAGAGUCUAUGAUAUGAAAUCAGUUGUACUACAGGUUUGCAGGAAAGAGCAUCCAAACACUUAUAGAUGAGGGACUACUCAUGCCUCAUGCAGCAAGUUGCACUUGCUCAGCCUGUACUGAUGACAUAUCAAUGCAAGGACCAGUGAGGCUUUUCACCCCCUAUCGCCGAAAAAGGAAAACGCCUUCUGAUGAAGAAAGGGAUGAGGAGGAUGCAAGUGACAGAAGUCAAUCUACCUCUACUAAAAGCCAGAAAUUGAUCAAAGUCAUGAACGAAUCUGGAAUCAUUGAAACAGUGGUACUGCCAACAUCAUCAGCCAUGUCAACAUCAGCAUCAGCUGCUUCAUCAAGUACACCAAGUGGAUCUUCAAGUAUGGAUGAAGAUAUGGGAUCUGCUCAGAUGAAGAAGCGUGUCUUGGUGGCCCCUCGUGUACGAUCUAUCGGACAAGUCUCAGGACCUGCUAUUUUUGACAGGCUUGAUGAUAUGGUGUCAACUGUUCUCAGGGCUGCUUUGCAUCUCAAGAAUGUGGUUGAGGAAGGGAAGCAGAAGUUCAUACAGGAAUAUGAAUCUCUCAAGCAAGAAUUGAAAGAAGAGAAAGAGAAGGUCAUGCGCCUGGAAAACCAACUCAGCCUGUACAACCACGUGGGAACCGGGGCCCACGAGCCAGAGGGACCCAGACGCCUAGCUACGAAGAGGGGAGAAGGCAGGGGAGGGGGGGCGUUAGCUGGGAGCCCCUUGGCAUCGGAACGAGUUUGCUGCAGUGAUGCUCCUGCAGUCUUCUCAAGCGGAGUGAAGUGGCUCUUCGCGCACGGGGUAGGUGUGAGCAGGGGUGUGAGGGGGUGA